CUCUGCACGGUUGCAGAGAGGAAGAGUCGACUGAUUCAUGAUUAAAAUGACUUCCUUCAAACUCUCCACCGCCCUUGUGUUCCUGUCUUCCAUGGUUACCUUCCUCAACCUGACCAUUCAUGACGUAGCUGCCCAAAAUUACCUCAAGCACGUCUGUGGAAACACAACCGUCGCCCAAAAUAGCAUCUACAGUUCCAACAUCAACUCCCUCCUCUCCUCCCUCUCCUCCCAAGCCACCGGAAACAUCGCAUUCUACAACACCACCGUCGGCCAAACCACCUCCAGCCCCGUAUACGGUCUCUUCAACUGCCGUGGAGAUGUCACUGCUGACAUGUGCCGAAGAUGCGUGCUCAACGCAACCCAAAAGCUCUCCAGUAAGUGUUCAACGGAGAAAGUUGCUCUUACUUGGUACGACGAGUGCAUGGUGCGCUACUCCAACGAGUCUAUCUUCUCCACCGUGGCCCUAACCCCUAGACUGAACAUGUAUAACACACAGAACAUGACCGACCAGGACCGGUUUAACCGGCAAGUAAACACCACUCUGACCCAACUGGCAACUGAGGCUUCCAACUUUCCGAUCGGCGUUAAGAAGUUCGGGGUCAAGGCAGAGAAGUUUUCCGAGUUUCAAAAUCUAUACACCCUCGUACAGUGCACACGUGACCUGUCCGGCACCGACUGCAAUAGUUGUCUUCAGGCUGCUAUUAACCGUCUUGCUAUUUGUUGCAGUGGAAGCCAAGGGGCAAGAACUCUGUAUCCUAGUUGUAAUGUUGGGUACGAAUUGUACCUCUUCUACGAUGUACCCACAGCGCCCACGCGGGCCACUCCUCCUGCAGCAGCUCUUCCACCUCCUAUUUCAGGAAAAAACAAAAUCUCAAGGGUAACAAUAAUUUCCAUUGUUGUUCCAAUUGCUGCCUGUGUUUUGCUACUCGCUCUGGCCUACUGUUUCCUAACUAGGAGAGCAGGAAAGAAGUUCAAUGCUGUAAAGAGAGAAAAGUCUAAGAAAUCCGAUCACAUCCAAAUUUAUCAAGAUGGUGUAUUUGGAGCAAUGAUGAAGGUAAUAUCUUGCCCAAUUCCUUUCUUUCCCUGUUUGUUCUAAAUUUUGUUUCAUUUAUUUUAUUGAGAACACCAGACCUUUGAUAUUUCCAUUUCCAUAUAUGUAAAUUUUUGUGGCUUCCUGUUCA